GUAGAAUGUUCAUAAGCGCGUUAGCAAACAGCUUAAUCAUAAACACUGCAAUCGUUGCAUAAGCUGCCCAGACCUAGACUGAUGCCAACCAUGGCUGAGUAGUUUGUUAAUACGACCAAUGGCCGAACCUUGUUUGUCCUUGACCAAGCACACCUGUAGACAAGCAGCUAUUGCCCCCUGUCGAAGACACCAAAGACGAAGAUGGACUUGGACUUGUUGGGCUGUCGCCGUGAGCCAACCACGCGCAAAGGCGCUCGCGGAAGGGCAACUGCAGCGGAGAUGGCAGCCAUGGUGGACUCCGGGGGAAAGCCUCCGCGUCGCGAACAGCACCUAAGGCCUGAGCAGAUAGAGGCGCUGCGUCUGAAGCGUGAGCCCAAGGACCUGUCCGUCACGUGUCUCGACCAGGAGGACGAGGAGGGCAACGUGGAGUACAAGUUCCGCAUCAAGGACCCGCACCCCAUGCGCCUGCAGCAGCUGAUCACGCAAAUGAAGUUCCGCCUGUCGGAGGGCAACGGGGAGUGCUUCUACUACAUCGGCGUGGAGGAUAACGGCUACCCCAAGGGCCUGGAGCCGCAGGACCUCGCUGCCUCCAUCGCCACCCUGCAACACAUGGCAUCCUCCCUGGGCUCAGCGGUCACCCUGAUCUCCUACCUGCCGGCCGCUUGGGGCCGCAAGGCAGCACUGAUGCGAGUAGCCAGCAGCGCCGCGCAGGAGGCGUGCCACACCGACCUGCGGAUCGUGGUGGCGGGCAGCGUGGACGCCGGGAAGAGCACGCUGGUGGCAGUAUUGACCCACGGGUCAGGCGGACGGCCGUUACUGGACAAUGGCCGUGGCCUGGCGCGCAUGAAUGUGUUCCGGCACAAGCAUGAGAUGCAGAGCGGCCGUACCUCCAGCAUCUGUCACCAGCUGUUGGGGUACGACGUGGAGGGACGAGUCAUCAACUACUCAUCGCCGGCGUCUUCACCCCUGACCCCCGCUGAGAUCACCUCCGCCGCCUGCAAGGUGCUCACCUUCCUGGACAUGGGCGGCCACGAGAAGUACCUCAAGACGGCGCUGUACGGCAUGACGGCGCUGCUGCCGCACUACGGGCUGCUGGCCGUGUGCGCGGUGGGCGGGCUGGGGCGCAUCGCGCGGGAGCACCUGGCGGUGGCGGUGGCGCUGGAGGUGCCGGUGGCGGUGGUGGUCACAAAGGUUGAGCUGGUGUGUGCUGAGCGGCUUGCUGCGGUGGUGGGCGAGGUGCGGCAGCUGGUGGCGCUCACACUGCGCCACGAGAGCGCCGCAGCAGCGGAGCAGCAGCAGGGGGCAGCGGGGGCGGGAGCAGGGGCCGCAAGCAGCGAGCAGCGGGUGGAGGACGCCUCUCCACUGGUCACCUCCGAGGCCGAGGCCCUGUGCAGCGCCCGCGUCCUGUGUGAGCUGCAUGCGGACUCGCUGGCCUCACCCACCGCACGGGGCGCCCUGCGCGUGCACAUGCCCAUCUUCCCCGUGUCAGCCGUCACGGGGGCGGGACUGCCCGUGCUGCACGCCUUCCUCAACGCACUGCAACCGGGCACGGCACCGCUGAAGGGCGCGGGCAGCGGCCCGCUGUCGGCUGCUGCGACGUCCGCGGGUGCUGCAGCUGAUGGCGGGUGCUGCUGCGGGCGCAGCAGCAGCGGCGGUGGUGCUGCAGGUUCUGCAGGCGGCAGCAGCCCACGUGGUGUGGACCGCUCCUCCUUCACCUCUGCUUCCUCCUUCUGCAUGAAAGCACCCGAGGCGGCGGCGGUCUUGGCUGCUGCUGCUGAGGAGGAGGAGCUUCCCAAUCCGCCCGGCUGGAGCGCCGCUCCGCAUCCCCAACAACAACAACAGUUGCUGUACGGUCCCGCCGUCGUCGCAGUAGCAGCCUCCGCCACCACAGCAGACGCACCCACAACAGCAUCCAGAGCAACGAUUGCAGCAGCGACGGCGAUAGCGGCAGUGGAGGUACCGGCAGAAGCCCAGGCGGUUCACUUCCAAGUGGAUGGCACGUUUGAGGUGGAGGGUGUGGGCUCCGUGGUGAGCGGCACGCUGGUGAGCGGCAUGGUGCGGCUGGGGCAGCAGCUGGUGCUGGGGCCCACUGGCGCCGCGGGGGACUUUGUACGGGUGGUGGUACGGCAGCUGCAGCGCUCGCAUGUGCAGGUGCAGCAGGUGCGGGCGGGGCAGACGUGCACCAUUGCCAUCAGCCCCGCGGCAGUGGAGGCGGAGGAGGCGGGGACGGGGUGUGUCGGCAGGGGCGUGAGUGGAGGAACGGAGACGGUGCAGCUGCCGCUGGGGAGAUCGCCAAGCGUGGUGGUGCCGGGUGCGGGCGGGGCAACUGCUGCCCUGGUCUCCAAUACCUUCAACGGCGGCGCUGGAGGGAGAGGGAUGGAGGCACCGGCCGGUGAUUUCGAUGAUGCCCUGGCUGCGGCGCAAAGUGCGUUGGAGCUCUGCCUGACCGGGGGCAGCAGCGACGUGGAAGACGGCGGCACCAGCGGCAUGGGAUGCGGUGCGGAUGACGACCUGUUUGGGUUCGAUGCCGCCGCCAGCGAUGUCCCAUCUCCGCCACAGCCUGCGUCAGCAGCUCGCUGUGCCUCCGCCGCAGCCGCGCUGCAGAUCCCCCGCCAGCCCUCCGCUGCAGCCGCCACCACCGCUCCCUCCUCCUCCUCCUCUUCCCGUCCACUGCACUCCACCACCAGCUUCUGCGCUGACACGGCAACACCGGCGGCUGCGGCGGCUGGUUGGCCGGCUGGCUCCAGGUCCGCAGCUGGGUCGGGGCCCCUGUCCAUGUCGGCCCCCACACGCAGCAUGUCUGUGGGCGAAGGCCUGUCGCGGAAGGGUGCAGGCGCGGGUGCUGCUGCUGGCGCCGGUGGCUCUUCUUGGAGCCCCUUUGGCGCCAUGACCCCACCGCGCAAGGGCGCUGUGCUGCUGGAGCCGGCGCUGCAGCCCCGGACCAGCUGGACCUUCGAGGCGGUGUUGAUCCUGCUGGGGGGCCACUGGCCACCUAGGGGGCUGCUGUCGGGCAGGUGGCCGCCAGCCGGAGUGGAUGAGGUGGGGGCGCCGCCUCACCCCGAAGGCCGCGGGCUGCCACCGCCACCCCAGGCAUCCGGGGCAGUGUUAGAGGGAGGAGGAGGCGGCUUGCAAGCGAACGGCAAGACGGUGGGUGCAGGAACCGCCGCCGCAGUGGCGACAGCAGCUCGGCGACAGCAGCGCCGUCAGCGGCGGCAGCGCUCGGCUGCUGGCAGCGGCGGCACGUACGUGACGGUGGUGCACUGCGGGAGUGUACGUCAGCCGGCGCAUGUGCUGAUGAUGCAGGAGCUCUUCGAAGAGGAGGAGGACCUGCGACAGGAGCAGGAGCAGCAGCUGUGGCCGCAAGGGCAAGAAGGCGAGGAGGCCCAUGGCGGCCCUGCUGGAGUCGUCCAGAGGGUCACCACCGGCACCGCCAACUCCUCCUUCUCCGAGUUGCGAGUCUCUGCAAGCACUCGUGCAGCCGCGGCCCUGUUGCAGAGCGCCCGGAACGACCAAGGCGCCCACGACCCGCAGCAACAGCACCGGAAGCAUUCAGGUGCUCCUCUGCUGGCCGCGAAUGUUGCUACUAGCGGUGUUAAUGGCAGCAGCAGCGGCAAUGGCGCCACCCGGACGUCGUUACCCGCUGCUGGGUCGCCUGCGUCAACACAGCACCCGCAUGCCUCGGAGCAGGACCUGGGCUGCCUGGUGCGGGUGGUGCUGCGGUGGCAGCACCGACCCGAGUGGCUGCGGGAGGGAGCCAAGCUGCUGCUGAGGGACCGCUGCGACGGGAGGGUGGCGGGCGCGGGGUUUGUGCGGAGGGUGCUGCUGUGAGGAGGGGUGGCGCCGGGAAGGACUGCAUGUGUUUCAGAACUGAUGAUCUGUUGUGAAGAAAUAGCCGAGUGGUGUGUGAAGCUCAUGCGGCCGUGUACAUCUUAGGACCAUUUUCGGGACCGUCUGGGUUUGGUUGUGAACGGCAAUGAAGACCCUGCUGUACUUCUUUCAUUGGCGUGCUGUCCUUUCGCCGCUUUUCAAGGCGUCCAGAGAUGGGGGCCAGCUCCUUUGGCAGCAGCCGCUUUGUAGUUUAGUGACACGAGCAUUAGCCGCGCAGACGCGCCGAUUGUAUACACUAUAGACCUACAUGUUAAGGGCCAGUUGGAUGUUGAUGGGAGUGCCAGGUAAGACUCCGCUAUGCCGUUCUCUUUAGAUCUGCCGCGCCUUUACCCGCUUUUGCGCUGCGGCAUUCAUUUUACCGCUUUACGUAUCCUUGCGCUGCGCUUACGGACACGGG